GUAGGGGAGAAGGUAAUACAACCACCAAGUGACACAGCAUGAAUUUCUGCUAUCAUUAUAAAUAUUUAUUACCAGGUCCUGUAAAAAAUGAGGAAGAUGCUGAAGAUUUGCUGUUUUCUCCUCCUCUUAAGUUUGCUCAGUGGGCAACUGAGUGCCAGUCCUGGACUCAAAGUGAGGAUCACCCAGAAUGGGUUGGAGUAUGCCAAGGAGGUUGGGCUGGAAAUCCUGAAGCAGAAUAUACAGAAAGAGCAUUUCCCUGAUUUGACUGGCCAUGAGAAAUUUUGGCUUGGUAAUGUCAAAUACAACAUCUCAAGUAUACAUGUUACUGCUGUUGAAUUACCCAGUGCUUCCAUCUCCCUCCUACCAGGGUCUGGGAUAAAACUGGUGAUUGGAAAUGCUUCUCUAACCAUUGAUAUGAACUGGAACAUAAGGAUCUGGAUGUUCAAAGACAGUGGAAGAGGCACAGUGCACAUUUCAAAAGUCUUUGUCACCGCAAUCUUUUCAAUACCCCUGGAUAAUGCAGGCCCUACGUCAAUAGCCCUCACCAGCUGCCGGACAACUCCUGGUGAUGUAGAUACCAAGCUGAAUGGGAAAACUGGCUUCCUGCAUAACUUCUUUAUCAAGUAUCUGAAGAAGCCCAUUCACAGGAGCUUGGUCACUAAUUCAUGUCCCAAUAUCAGAGCUGUGGUCCAGUUGAUAGAUGGAGACCUCUGAUCACCGAAUGCUGUAAUACAAAUUGAUGAUUUGGCUGAAGUAGAUGACUCCUUAAGUGGCUUGCCAGCAGUAUUCCAGCCAUUCAUUGACCUGGACUUAAAGGGCAUAGUCUUCCCAGCUGGAAACUACACUGACUCUCCCUACAUGGCAGCUUCCUUCACAAUCCCAGACCAAAGUGAUUCCAUGCUGUACCUUGCCUUCUCUGAGUAUUUCUUUCAGACCUCCUCAUUUGCUUACUACACCGCAGGGGCCUUCAACAUGACCAUUGCAGAGGAGACCUGCAGCUAUUUUAAUAUAAACAUAGAGAUACUUAGCAGUAUCAUCCCUGAGGUAGCUAAAUAUUCAGUUAUACCCUACCCAGUGAUGUUGAAGCUAAUGCCUACUGAAAUCCCUAUCAUCAGCUUACAGCAGAAUUCCUUCACAGUAGAGAUUCAGGGCUCUGUGGAGGUGUUGGCCAUUCUGCCAGACUCAACCACCCAGUCUCUGUUCACACUGAACAUAGCAGCCAACACCAGUAUUUCACUGAAUAUUUUUGAUCAGAAAUUGAUGGGCUCACUAUGUUUGAACAGAAUCCAGUUCUCCCUAGCCCACUCCAGUGUUGGCUCUUUUGAGGUCCUGCUUCUGGAGAACAUCCUAUCUUACAUUUUACAGACUGAAAUAAUUCCAUCAGCUAAUGCUAAACUGUCAAAAGGAUUCCCUCUUCCCAAUCUGGGACGAGGGAAUGUUACCUUGACAAGACCUCACAUUACAAUUGUACAGGGAUAUGUGUUGAUUUCAACUGAUGUCUACUACAAACACUAAAGGAGAAGAGAGACCAUGUGUUAAGAAUGAACUUCAAAUCAAGUCAAUAAUGUGACUCUGAAGACUAGACACUGUCCAGUUCUGCUGAAAUGUUUGAGCUCUGACAGCCUCCAUCCUGGCUGGGGGCAAGAGGGGGUGCUGGGAAUCAAAAAAAGCUGAUUGAAUGGUUAGCUGGUGUAAUGCUGGUAACAA